AUGGACUACAGUCAGCUCAUCAAGGACGCCCCCAAUGACGGGACUGGCGUGCUGAAGCUCGACCCAUACCUGACACCCUUCAAGGAGGCCAUCAAGCGGCGCUAUGCCAAAGCCCAGGAAUGGAUCAAGAAGCUAGAUGAGACGGAGGGUGGUUUGGACAAGUUCAGCAAGGGCACCGAACGCUUCGGUCUGGUCGUUCAGCCAGACAAUAGCAUCAUUUACCGAGAAUGGGCACCUAACGCCGUCCAGGCGGCGCUCAUCGGUGAUUUCAACCACUGGGACCGCAAAGCGCACCCCAUGAAGAAAAACGAGUUCGGCGUCUUCGAAAUCACCAUCCCGCCCACCGCCGACGGCCAGCCCGCCAUCCCGCACAACUCCAAAGUCAAGGUAAGCUUCUUCGGCUCGGAACUUCCGCAAUCCAGCGCAACCUCCUCCGAGCUAACCGGCCAGAUCACCCUUGAGCUGCCCACCGCCGAGUGGGUCGACCGCCUGCCAGCCUGGAUCAAGUACACGACGCAAGAUCUAUCCGUUUCGCCCGCCUACGAGUCCCGUUUCUGGAACCCGCCACCCAGCGAGCGCUAUGUCCCCCGCCAUCCGCGCCCCAAGCGCCCGCAGAGCCUACGUAUCUACGAGGCGCACGUGGGCAUUUCCUCGCCCGAACUGAGGGUCACCACAUACAAGGAGUUUACGAAGAACAUGCUGCCGCGGAUUAAGGGGCUCGGGUACAAUGCGAUCCAGUUGAUGGCGAUCAUGGAGCAUGCUUACUAUGCUAGUUUUGGGUAUCAGGUCAACAGUUUCUUUGCGGCGAGCAGCAGGUAUGGUACGCCGGAGGAUCUGAAGGAGCUGAUUGAUACCGCGCAUGGGAUGGGGUUGCAAGUGCUGUUGGAUGUGGUGCAUAGCCAUGCCAGCAAGAACGUGCUGGAUGGGUUAAAUAUGUUUGAUGGGACGGAUCAUCAGUACUUCCACGAGGGUGGCAGGGGCAGGCAUGAUUUAUGGGAUAGUAGGUUGUUUAACUAUGGGCACCAUGAGGUGCUCCGGUUCUUGUUGAGCAACCUGCGGUUUUGGAUGGAUGAGUAUGGGUUUGACGGAUUUAGGUUUGAUGGUGUCACGAGCAUGCUUUAUCACCAUCAUGGCAUUGGGACGGGCUUCUCGGGAGGCUACCACGAGUACUUUGGUGCCGAGGUAGACGAGGAGGCGGUCGUCUACCUGAUGCUGGCCAACGAGAUGCUGCACAAGCUGUACCCCGAGGUCAUCACCAUCGCCGAAGACGUCUCGGGCAUGCCAACGCUGUGCGUGCCCUUCGCCCUGGGCGGCGUUGGCUUCGACUACCGCCUCGGCAUGGCCAUUCCGGACAUGUGGAUCAAGAUCCUCAAGGAGAAGAAGGACGAGGACUGGGACAUGGGUAACAUUUGCUGGACCCUGACGAACCGUCGCUGGGGAGAGAAGACCAUUGCCUAUGCCGAGAGCCACGAUCAAGCGCUUGUCGGCGACAAGACGCUCAUGAUGCACCUCUGCGACGCGGAGCUCUACGCCAACAUGUCGGUGCUCAUGCCACUGACGCCCGUCAUCGACCGCGGCAUGGCCUUGCACAAGAUGAUCCGGUUGAUCACGCACGCGCUCGGCGGCGAGGGCUGGCUCAACUUCGAGGGCAACGAGUUCGGCCACCCGGAGUGGCUCGACUUCCCGCGCGAGGGCAACCAGAAUUCAUUUUGGUACGCCCGGCGCCAGCUUAACCUGACCGAGGACCCGCUGUUGCGCUACCAGUUCCUCAACAACUUCGAUCGCUCGCUCAAUCUAUGCGAGGAGAAGUACCGCUGGCUGCAGGCGCCGCAAGCGUACAUCUCGCUCAAGCACGAGGGUGACAAGGUGAUCGUGUUCGAGAGGGCUGGCCUGGUGUUCGUGUUCAACUUCCACCCGACCAAGAGCUUUACUGAUUAUAGAAUUGGCAUUGACGUCGCUGGCACCUAUCGCAUUGUGCUGGACACGGACACCAAGGAGCAUGGCGGCCACGCCCGGCUGGACCACGGCACUCGCUUCUUUACGGAGCCCAUCGAGUGGAAUGGGCGCAAGAACUGCACGCAUGUGUACAUUCCGUGCAGGACGGCAUUUGUACUGGCGCUCGAGGAGACACUGGACGAGAGCCAGAAGUGA